AUGUCGACUCAUGUGACUAAGACUUGUGCUAGCGCGUUUUAUUAUUUGUACAAUAUCCGGCACAUUAGGAAGUAUUUGUCUCGUGAGUCCACCGAGAGGCUUGUUCACGCGUUCUUCACAAGCAGGCUUGACCACUGUAAUGGUUUAAUGUACGGUGCUCCUGAGUAUCAAAUUAAGAAACUUCAAAGAGUCAUGAAUGCUUGUGCUCGAUUGGUUUACAGCGCACCUGAGUAUUGUCACGUUACUCCUUUGCUAAGAGAACUCCACUGGCUACCAGUGCGCUUGCGCGUAGAUUUUAAGAUUCUCCUUGUUACAUUUAAGAUUCUUCACGGUGUUGCGCCUAGCUAUCUUAAUGAUCUUGUCUCUGUCUUACCGGACUCACGUUACCAACUACGCCGUAACAAUAAUGGUAUAUUAUUAGAAAGACCUCGGCUAAGAACGAAGAA